AUGCAGGAAACCGACAAGAGCGCUACCGUCGCAUACAACGCCGUUGAUGUAAGCAUAGGGGAGGCUGAGGAGACCUCAUUGACAAGGGGGCCCGCAGCAGCUUCCGCUCUAACUCGGGGUAAGGCGACGAAUUCGCCACGCGGCGCCCCACGGAAAGGAGGAAGUGGAGACAAACGCGGCGCCAAGGACUGUGCAGGCAUGGAGGGGGAGCGGUUGCAUGAUGUGUCUGUUGCAACGCAGGAGACCAACACCUGUGGGAGUCCCAAAAGGAUUGGAGGACCUGCGAAACCCCAUCAGCGGCGGGGUAUUUCACCCGCUGUUCCAUAUCCGGCAGGUCGUCCGCGUCCAGACAUGUUGUCUGGCACCGCCAGUUAUUGGAGCACAAUUGAGAAUGAUCGCACCAUUGGGGUUGGGACGGUUGGUCUUUUUCAGGGCCAGCAGAAUGAUGAAGUUUUGCCUGAAAGGGCGUCAGCGCGCAUCAACGGCACCGUCGUGGUGGGCCCCCCAGCGUACGUGCGGAAGAUGAGAGACUACUUGAAUUGGAGAGAGAAGCACAGCACCCUUUUUUCCGCCAUAAAAGUUCAAGAUGGGAAGGAGUGGAGAGCUGCUCGACUGCGCCAGCUCCGCGCGAAAGCGAGACGACAAAAGGAAGAAGAGUACGAAUAUGCUUUAGCCAUCAAGCGGCUGCGUCAGCGUGGGUGGUCAGUGUUGGCUAACGUUCCACGCGAAAACAUGCGGCUCAAGCAAAUUAAGGCCGAGCGUGACGCCUUUCGCGCGGAGUGUGAGAAUAAUAUGUUGCACAAGAUUAGGGAGGCCUCACAGCAACGUGAAGUAAUCCUGCAGCAGCUUGCCAUGUCCAAGGACGAGAGGAUGCGUGAGGCGAAUCUCGUGCGGGAUGCCGCAAGGCUUGAACGUGAGAUGAUGAUCGCCAGGCGAGAGGUCCACUCAGCCCAUGUCAAGGAACGGGCUUCUAACACGCGGGCAGAACGUGAGGUGGAGCGUGAGUAUUUUCGCGAGUGUGCCGCCAUGGAAGAUACGUGCCGACAGAGCCAACUGAGCGCGUUGCGAGAACGCGUCUUUGCGAAAACGUGCCCAAGCGGCUUUGCCUCAACCUUCUCAAGUGACGUGCGUGGGGCUGGUCAUCAGUACCCACCAGGGGACUGGCACAAUACCUUUAACAGCCCACUACGUAGACUGCCCAACGCGAGCGACGACAACUUUCGAAGACAAUGGAUGGCGGAGCUUGAGGAAGAGCGGAUGGGGUUGGCACGGGCGGAGGUGGAGAUGGUGCGGGCCGGACGUUUGAAUGCCUCAAUUCAGCGAGACUUCUCAUACCGCAGCAACUGUGAACGUGCCAAGGCUCUUCGCCACGAGCGGGAGGCCCUGCGGGAGAGGAAACAGCAGCUGGAUGAGGAGGUGGAACGUUUUCAGGAGGUGUUACAUCAGCAGGAAGUUGAGGGUCGGAAACGACGCGAAGACGUUAUUCAUUCCCUGCGCGAGUCGAAACGGUUGCAUGCUUCGCGCCUACGUCGGGCCAUAGAAGAGGAGGAACUGAUGGCGCAGACGGCCUGUGCUGAGGACCUGCAUCGACUACAGGAACACGCGGCGGAGCUGAGGAAAAGCAUGACUCCCUCCCCACGACUUGCUCGGCCGCCACCGGCCCCCUUAGGGGAGGAGAAGCCGGUGGAUGCUUGA